CCACGCAACGCAACGACAUUCUAAGCAAAGCCAUAUGACGCAGCAGCGCCCGUUGCAGUAGAUAGCUGCACCGCACUUCCCCUGACGACGCGCCACUCUCGCACCGACCUGCGACCGCCGCCCGGUAUUUCCUUCUUCCACUUCUUUCACGGCGACGACGACGCGUUGCCUGAAAGCAGCAGUAGUAGCCAGCAGUAGCAGCAACAAUGUCAACGCGCACCGACGACGAAGAAGAGCUCGAGCUGGAGGAGGUGUUGGAUUCCGCGAGCUACACCGCCCACAGACUGCACCACGCAACGCCAGCGCAUCUGCACCUCACAUCACGACGAAUCUUCGUCGGCCCCCUCCCGAAAGGCUGGAUCAAGAACAAGGGCACCGAAUGGUACAAGCAGCACAUCCACUACACGAAGCGCACGUCGACGUUCAGCGCAUCCGGUGCUGCGGGAGGGCGCAGCGUCACGGGCCUAACCAUGCCGAUCCCUCGGCGCAAUUCGCGGGCCGCCGCCGUCGCUCCCGCACCCAUCGCGAUCCCGCUUCCGAGCACCUCGCACGCCUCGAGUCCGACGAUCCGGCCGGCCGCCAGACGAGGUGUUUCGGCGCCGCUGCAGUCGACGAGCGCCAGCCCGCCGACGCCGCCGCGAACCGGCGACACGGACGUAUCCGCGGCGACGGCGCGCGAGCGCCCGGCCACGGCCGCGGCCGCGCACGAAUGGCCGAACUCCUUCGCGACGGCGAAUGAGACGUGGGAGCACAGUGAGGAAUUCCGGCGGCGGCGCCACGCAGCCACCACCGCGGAUGGGGUGGCACCCGCAGACAGCGAGGCAGGUGCGAGUACCAUUUCCGCUCCGAACAGCUUCCAGGCUGGUGCUGGUGUCCUUGAUUCCCAGGCGUCGUUGCUGAGGGCGGACCGGAGCGAUCAGCGUAGGUUGAGUGAUCCCGCAUCACCCCCACAACCACCGGAUAAGAAGGAGUCGCUGGAAGAGCUAGAGCCGACGCCCUGGAAUGCGCCUAGUAGUCGCGUUUCUACUAAUCCCGAGCGCGUCACCGGCGGCUUGGUCAGGUUCAAUACCGCCGACAUGGAUGUCCUGCGGAAUAGGGACGAACACGCGCAGCAGAAGGUGGCGGGGUUGAGUAGGGCCCGCUCACUGGGGCUCGUGAAACGGAGACACUCGAGCCUCAAGCGGCAUGAUGGCGAGAUCCUGAAGAUGGAGAGUAUGCUUGUACGUAUCGAAGCCACGCAUGCAACACACCUGCCGGAUGACUACGAUGAGAACGAGAGCCUCAAGGUCAACACCAGAAUCGUAGAUAAGUGGCGAGAGUACGUGGUCGUGUGCAGAGAGAACGAUGAUCCGGACGUCCCCAUGGUAGUAAGGUUUUACAAGAGCCGGACUAUCCCGGCGGUCGAUAAGCAGCACGUCUCGUCACGAACUGCGAGGGAGAUCCCGCUGAAUCCCAAAACGACCAGAGCAAAUCUUUAUUCGUCACUCGACAAGACCCUGGUUAUAUGGCUUCCUGGCAAAAGGGGCACGCUUAUAUACAUCAUGCGGCCUCGGUGUGCCUCCAGCUCCGUGGAGUGGUACACCUUCUUGCGGACAGCGCUCGGCGAGCCGCAGGGCAAAUCUUUGCAGCUGUCAGUGCCGGACCUGACGCUAACGAUCAACAUUGAGAACCCAUUCAACCGGGAGGACCACACGAAGCACAACGCUGUGGGCGACAUCACCGAGAUCGCGGAGCGGGACGUCGCUGGGACCAUCCUCAAGAAGAGCAUGAGCAUGCUCGAGAACGUGAACGAGUGGGAAAACAUCCUGGUGCACUGGAAGACGCACGAGCGGAUGGGCCUGGCGUGGAGGCGCUAUGAUCGCCUAGAAUGGGUGCACGGCGUCAAUGAGCAGCGCAUGGAUGGCUCCAUCGCCAUGCAGAAGACCCACGAGCUAGAGCUGCGCCCGAAGAUCCACUAUCCGACCGAGAGCACGCUCGAGACUGGCGAGAAGAUGACGGAGCCGCCGCCCGUGGAGGGGUUCUUGGUCCGUCUGACGUCGGGCAAGGGACGGGGCGAGAGACUCGGGAGGAAGUUCCAGAAGCGCCAGUAUUGGGCUACGCACGAUCAGUAUCUGUGUUACUGCCAACCUGGCCGCGCACUCCCGCCCGCACCGCCGAAAUCGCUGCAUAGAGGCGGCGUUACCCCGACGCUGAGCGAAAUCGCGGCGGAGAUGCCGUUGAUUUACUGUGUUUCGCCGUUCGCCCUGAAUGCGGAGAGUGAUAUCGAAUGGCUAGCGGCUGAUCCUGUCCCCGGCCACAUCAAGAGGAAGGACGAGGAAGCGUAUCACGAGGCCGAGAGGAGAGUCAAUCUGCUCGGUAAAGCCGAGGGGUUCGUCGAUCUCACAAAGGCCAUCCAGGCGCGCCGCGUGGUUCCCGACUGCACACCCGGCGGUGGCGACGGGCCCGCAGAAGAGUCAGACGGCAGCACCGUGCAAAGCGACGACGAGAUGUGUUUCGAGAUCGUAUUGGACAACGGGCUCGCGCUGAAAUUGCAAGCGUUCGAUGCACAGACACGCGACGAGUGGAUCCUGCGGCUGGAUGAUCUGAUCAAAUACUGGCGCGCGCGCGACCGCGGCGACUUGGCUAUCAUCCGCCGCAUCAGGGAUACGAACCUUAAACAGCUGAAUAUGGAUGAGGAGAUGGAGUCGCUGAUGGGGCAGUUUGGGCGGAAAUGGGAGGUUUCUCGCACCAUCGCGUCUGGCGAGCUGUUCAAUGUCUGCGGCCUCUCGUCCUGCCGCACCAUCACCCUAUCCGGCCCACUGUACCGCAAACCGCGGCGCCACGCCACCUUCCGCCGCUACAACGUGAUCCUGUGCAACGGCGAGCUGCUAAUCUUCCAGCACACGACACGGGGGCGCACAGGAAAAGAAGUGCGGACCGCACUACAAGAGAAGCACAUCACGUUCCCGCUGCGGGACUGCUACAUCUACAGCGGGCUGGUGACGAGCUCCGACCUGCUAUACCAAAACCGCACAUUCGACUCGAACUCUCCGGGGCGCCACGCGCUCCCCCGGAUCUUCGCUGACGGAUACACCUCCCACGACGAGGACUCGAUGACCUGCUUCGUGCUGUGGCAUGGUAGUCGGCGAUCGGUCUUUACGAAGCGAGAUGAGGAGGGUGGCAAGGUCGCUACGAGACUCGUGCCCCCGCUGGGGCACACGGGAAAGACGAUCGUGUUUAAGGCCAGGAGUAGGCUCGAGAGGGACGCUUGGGUCAUGAGUAUCACUAUGGAGAUUGAACGGUUAAAUGUCGGCGCGCCGGAGGAGAUUAAUGUGGCCGUGCCGAAGAAGUAGAGGUUUGCGUGGGGAGGGCGGGGCAAGGUCUAUUCCUUUCUUUUCCUUUCCUCCUUUCCUCACCCGUUUUUUUUUGGGAAGUUGCGUUGCUU